ACUUCCGGAGGUCCGUCGGAAACCUCAACCGUCAAAAGACAAAAGAAUCUAUUAGAAUCCGCGCUAUAAAACGGGCCAUCCGCUCUAAAUUAUCAGUCAAACCCUCGAAGAAACUUUCAAAAGAAACACUGCUUUUAAAAUUGUGAAAUACUUUCCGCAGUUUCCGUUAAAAAUCAUCGGAGAUUGUUACGUAAUCGACCGGAAGUAAACUGGUGACAAUGCGGCUUUAAAUUAUGGCUACCCCCUCCGUUUUGCAAAGAAACCUUACUAACCGACCCCUCUCCCUAACAUUGUGAACGAAAUCCUGCUCCCCCUUCCUUGCAAAUUAAAUUUUGGCUCCCCCUCCCCUUUGCAAGAAAACUCUGGCAAACCUCUCUCCACCUUCCACCCCCCUCCCCUUUUGCAAAUGCUGCCUUCGCUACCCAGGAGCAACGGGAUCAAAGGGUAAGUGUAACAACACUAACACAAAUGAGAGAGGGCAUCCAGGGUCGUAGUUUUAAUUAAACAAAAACAACGCCGUCUUUCAACGGUACAACUUGUAACAAAUCAGAGAUGAUAGUGAUCAGUCCAGAAUCAUCGCCAUAAAAGUUCCACUUCGCUUGUUUGCGUCUGCACCCGCCUCGUAAAUCAUCCGUCAUGGAAAAUAAAGGGAACGUCUCGCGAAGAUAUGUAAUAAUCGCUGGUGCUGUGUUGAUUGUGGCUUUGGUUGUACUUAUAGUCGGCAUUGUUCUUAUUGUCAAAAGUUCUAAUGCCAAUAAUUGCACUGAGAAGGGAAAAGUUAUUGAGUCUCCGUUCUGUGAGCUUUCAGAGGAAGGUAAACGAAUCGGACUGGAGGAGUUCAUAAAACGCGUGCAAAAAACCUACUAUAACUUACAUCCAUUCAAUGUUAUUUUCGACCCCGACGUGAAUCUUAAUCGUCUACGGGUGGAAUAUUCCGCUUUCGACAUAACUCCUCGUCUUAUCAAACAGCGAACCGACGCCUCGUGGGAGCUCCUAGAUGAGCUCAACAACAAAUCGAUACGCUCUGAGGAAUUGAAACCCAGAGAACGCAAAGCAAUCCAGCAGUUAAAACACUACCUUAAGCACGUGUUUGGUACAGUGUACGACUCGAAUUUCUACUCAGGGGAAUGGAUGCUGGGCCCUGACUUGUUCUGCUAUAGGCACAUUUGCUAUCUGGGGUACAGUUUGUACGGCGUGCUGAUGAACCUGAAGCCCAAGAGUCUGGAAGAUAUGGAGAUUAUCUUGCAAAAGUUGAAGACUCACGAGGCGGCAGUUGAACAUUACAUAGAGAACAUGAAGAUGGGAGUACGGAAGGGAAUGGUUCGUUCUGUUGGGCAGUGUGAGGCAGGGAUAAACUCCAUUAAACGCCGUUAUCUGAAAAUAUCCAAGUACAAUGAAUCAGGUAACGAAACGACCGCUUCUUAUUUAGGCCUAGAAAUUGAGUGCAGUCAUAGAUAUCACAUGGAAAAAGAAAUGUUUAGAAUUGACCGAUAUUUUGGUGGUUGAAAUGGGUGCUCAAGUGGAGGUAGAACUAGAAAUCGACUGCUACUAAUGAAAGGUGAGGUAAUCCAAGGGAUAACCAUGCGCGUCAACAGCGGGUGCGCAGGGUGCGCGCGUACCCCCCCCCCCCCCCCCCCCCUUGGCGGCCAAACCAAAAACUGGAUCAUUUUUCAAAUACCAGGCUUUUUCCAUAAGAUACCAAUGAUCCCCCCCGUUAUCCAAUCCUGGGUACACGUCUGAUCUUCAUGUGUUGUAAGGCAAGAAAAGGUAAGCCUAACGCAUAUGUGAUUGCGUAAGAGUAUAGUGUAGUAUGCCGUGUAAAGUAAGGCGAGAUUUGACUCAAUGGAGCGGCGUUAACAAUCUUCCAGUACGAGUAAUGUAGGCCUGUGAAUGAAAACGACUGGGGGAGGGGAAGGGGGGCGGGGAAUAUUUGAUAAUCCUAACCCUAAUCCCUUACCCUAACUCCACUCGUGCGGUCUAGAUAUGCUCCUCUUGAAGCAGGCCUUGAAAUUCACUGCUACUUGUAGUAUUAUUAUUAGUCUUAUUGGGAACCGUGUGUUAGGUAAGAGAUCCCUGGGUUUUUUUUUUAAGUUUACUCAGAAGCUUUUUUCAGUUUAGUAAUGUCCACUCGGCGAGCUUCACCAAAGUUAAUAUAGCACUAAUCUUUGUUUAUUUCCCAUUCGUGACAGUGCAAAAGAGGUAUCUUGAUAAGCAAUGUCGCGAAGGCCCAAGAUGACCCCCAAGAUAAGCGCAUUCUAACCAAUAUUCCGUUAAUAAUGUAUAGAACCGGUAGUAACAUACAUACAAGUGGUUUUCCGGUCAGACAUUAUCUCGGCCAUUUUGAGAAGAGCAAACUUUAUUUCUUUUUUUUUUUAUCGAUGACUAGAAUAACGGCAUUUAAUUAAUAAAGAGACACAACAGCAGUCCGUCCGUAAUUAAGAGUUAGCGAUGGUCCGAAACUUAUUUUCACAUACGUCUACGUCCUCCAUACAAAAGACUCGAAGAUGACGUCGUCAUAACCUACGGCAUCUCGGCCAAUCAGAGCGUACUCUUAUAACUUCUCGGCCAAUCAGAGCGUUCUCUUAUAACUUCUCGGCCAAUCAGAGCGUACUCUUAUAACUUCUCGGCCAAUCAGAGCGUACUCUUAUAACUUCUCGGCCAAUCAGAGCGUACUCUUAUAACUUCUCGGCCAAUCAGAGCGUUCUCUUAUAACUUCUCGGCCAAUCAGAGCGUACUCUUAUAACUUCUCGGCCAAUCAGAGCGUACUCUUAUAACUUCUCGGCCAAUCAGAGCGUACUCUUAUAACUUCUCGGCCAAUCAGAGCGUACUCUUAUAACUUCUCGGCCAAUCAGAGCGUACUCUUAUAACUUCUCGGCCAAUCAGAGCGUACUCUUAUAACUUCUCGGCCAAUCAGAGCGUCUUCUUAUAACUUCUCGGCCAAUCAGAGCGUACUCUUAUAACUUCUCGGCCCCCUUUUGCACCCCUUGAUCUUUUGUACCAAUCACAUGAGAAACACGAAACUCCUCUUGAUUUGAUUGUCGUAUUUUUAAUGACUCUAAUUUGAUACCUUCAUGCUUAUCAUGUGUUCAUGUGACGGUUGAGGAUCUACCACAGAGCGAUUUCAAAGUGAACGUUGGGUCAAGCUUCUCAUAGAUUUAGUUAAGUGCGCAAUAAACGAUUUGCAAAGCUAAUUUCUUAUAUGUCCUUGUUCUCUCGUUUGUGCAUUUUACUUGAAUGAUUCAUCAAGACAAUUUCUUACAUUUCACUGUUCUCUCGUUUGUGCGUUUUACUGGAAUGGUUCACCAAGCCAAUUUCUUAUAAUUCACUGUUCCCUCUUCUAGGCGUUUCAUUUGAAUGGUUCAUUAAGCCAAUUUCUUAUAAUUCACUGUUCUUCCCUCUUGGCGUUUUACUUGAAUGGUUCAUCGAGCCAAUUUCUUUGUCACUGUUCUCUCUUUUAGGCGUUUUACUUGAAUAGUUCAUCAAGCCAAUUUCUUAUAUUUGACUG